CAGUGAAGUUCUGCACAUGACAUUGGGCACAGUGGCUUAGUGGCUGCAUAUUUCCUUGUGCCUCUGGGAUUGGGGGUCUGAUUCCUGCCUCUGUUCUGUGUACCCAUGCCUCAGGGAUACCUCUGGGUACUCCACUUUCCCCCAAUCCAAAAGCAUGUAUUGUAGGUUGAUUGGCAGCUCUAAAAGGUGAGUGGGUGAGUGUGCAUUUGGGCCCUAUGGUGGGUUGGCACCCCAUCCAUGGUGCACCAAAUCCGCUGGGAUAGACUCAAGGCAGCCUGUGAUCCUGUGUAGAAUAAACAGUACAGUAAAUAUCUGAAAGUUUUUCAUCAGUAGCUUCCUUUGUAUUGGAAAAAUAUUUAAGGGUAUUUGAGGCAUUACAGUUCACAUCAUAUUAUAACUGUUUAAUUACUUUAAGAACAAUAACGUACAUGCGUGCAUUGAAAAAGUGCAAAGUCAAACAAAAUACAAUUACCAUCUAAACAAGCUGAAAUCGUGUUAAGUAUAAAUUGCAACUGACGCUGAUGUCAUUAUAACGGUCUGUUGAUCUAACAACAAAAUGUUUCAAAAGAUUUCACUAUAGUUGUGUCAAAUUUGUGCAAUAAAAUUUCAUACUCAAUUUUUUUAACUUGCUAUACAAAGCCCUCGAAAACAAACCGAAGUCUCUUGACUGCUUCCCUCGGGAUUACAACCUUCUUUGAGUGGGAAACAAACAUUGCACAUGGUACAUGGUCACAGUUAAUUGAAGCAAUGGGUGUGUUGGUGCAUGAUGGAGCAGAUGGGUGCUUCCUUGAUAUUUUUUCUUUUGCAGUUAAAGUAAUUCCAUGGUUAAAGUAAGUCAAUGGAUUCAAUGGUGUGUUAUUGGGAAACUGACCAGCGGCGUUUCUCAGGAACUUUAGUGAAAAGAUGAUUGUUCAUUGGUACAGUAUAGACCUUUUCGAUUAGAUUCUUUACUUGUUAUAAAUGAGUUUAACAUUUUUAAAACGUAAUUACUUCAAAUUAAUGUUGCACAGGUGUAAAAGGAAAUGGCCGAAUGACGUUAGGGCAAUGCAAUUUGUACACUCACACUCAAUAAUUCUUUAGCACCAAAUUAUUUUGUAAGACACUGUCUGCAUUGUAAGUGCAACAGUUUGUGCUAAAUUGAUGUUUAGCAAAUCUAAGCUACAGCAGGUAAUUAUGUGUGAACACCAGCUGCUAACUAUCCCCUGUGUGCCAUCACCAAGCAAGUGAGACGUGGAAAACAAAGGUUCCUCCUGGCAUACCUGAUCUCUGUGGAUGAAAUGACGAAGAGCACAAACACUAGUUGAUGAGCAGUACUCAUCAGACUGUAAUCCAGGUUGCUUGGAUUUUCCCUACACGAGGGAACGGAGCUUAACAUUUGGACAAGUGCUGCUUUAAAUUUAGGUCUCAGGGUUAGACAUGCUACAGCAGUGUUGGGACUCACUCAAGACUCGAUUGAUGUAGUGCAGUCUUGCUAUAAGCAACUCAUGGACUAAAGUUGGAAGAAGAAGUUUGUAGGGUGUGCAGUGGAGGAUGGACGUGAUGGAGCUGAGGGAGGCUCUGGGAGUCGAGGCGCUGCGUGGACUCGACACAGACCGUCUGGAGCCUUCAUCCAACGUGGUGCGAGUGUUCCUCAGCUCAACGAUCUCAGAUCUGAACACCGAACGAAAUGCCUUUUGGGAAAAAGCCUAUCCUGAGCUACAACGUUACUGUCACAGUCUUGGCUUGAUCUUUGAGGUUGUAGAUUUCCGGUGGGGUUUGUGUGAUGCGAUGACCGUUGAUCACCUAACAACGGAGCUGUGUCUUCAGGAGAUACAAUCGUGUCAGAAAGUGUCAUCUGGACCUAGUUAUAUUGCUUUGGUUGGCAGUCAGUAUGGACAGAGACCCAUUCCACGCGUCAUAUCAGAGACUGAGUUUGAGUUACUGCUCUCCAAACUUUCCCAGGACCAAGAAGGCUUAACAAUACUUAAGAAAUGGUUUGUCAAAGACAAUAACUCUGUACCUGCUAAAUAUGUCCUUCAGCCAAUCACCACACAUUAUCAUCAUUAUAAUAAUACAGCACCUGAGGCUAGACCACAGCAUGAUGCUGACAUUUUGUCUUGGAAUCUCACUGAAGCUCGGUUAGUGCAGCUGUUAUGUAGUGCGGCGCUGCAAGCCGAGCAGAACGGAGACUUCGGUGCAGAGCAGAAGCACAAAUUCUUCAAGUCACUGACCGAAUGGGAGAUGGACCAGAGUUUUCUUUCAACUCAAGAGCAGGGCAAAGAUUCUCCUGUCAUCUUUGUCAAAGAACUACCUCAUUUGAAGAAAAGCGAAAGCCAUAAGCAUACAAAGUUUUUGGAUGUCACAGCUGAUGGGCUCCUAGACACUGAAGCUCAAGAACUUUUGAGCAAUCUCAAACAGCGUAUCACCAGUGCCGGUUCGAGUCACUUCACCUUAGAGCUUAGUAAAAAUGCUAUGGAAGUGAAUCGUAAGGAACACAAGGAGUAUCUGGAGGUAUUCUGUAAACAGAUUGUAUGUCAGAUAAAAGAAAGAAUUGUCAAGCAAUCUGCUUUACCAAUAAAUCCACAGUGGCUGUGGAUUCAACAGGAGCUUUUUCAUCAUGCAAAGCUAAGUAAAGACAAGUGUGCUAUUUUUACUGGUAGAGAUGGUCUACUGACAAAGCUCUGCCUAACGAUGUGGGAGUCGACAAACACACACCAUUCACCUCUUGUCAUCUGUGGGCUUCCAGGAAUUGGUAAGACUACUUUGCUUUGUAAACUGGCUCAGGAGAUGCGUACUGUCCUAGAUCCACAAGCUGUGGUUGUUCUCCGGCUGCUUGGAACAUCUCCCAUCAGCACAGAUGUAGACUCUGUCUUAAAGGGAAUUUGCUUGCAGGUUUGUGGAGCUUUGGGACUGGCAACUCCCAGACCACAGAUUGCAAACACACAUGAGAAAUUGGUGAGGUUCUUCCAUGCCAUGCUACAGAAAGUGUCUGAAGAUGGAGAAACAUUAGUUCUCAUUUUGGACUCCUUGGAUAACCUAUCCCGGGCUAAUAAUGCUCAUAAACUGUGCUGGAUACCUAAAGAGAUUCCUCCUAAUGUACAUUUAAUAGUCUCUACACAGUACGACGGCUUUCCCAUGAAGAGAUUGAAAGCUCUAGUUAGUAAUCAUAAAUGUUUCUUUGAUGUAGAACCAUUGGAUUGUGAUCAAGUGCAGGACAUCAUUAACACCUGUGUAGGCGUUGCUGGAAGAAGACUUACAUCUGAGCAAACAGAACAAAUCCAUAGCAGCUUCCAAAAAAGCGGAAGUCUUUUGCAUCUGAAGCUAAUGGUGGACAUGGCAAAGCAGUGGACAUCCUACACCUCCAUAUCUGAUAUUCACCUUGGCAGCUCGGUGCAGGAAGUAAUCUCAUUGUUUCUUCAGACACUGGAAAAAAAACAUGGUGAGAAGCUUGUCUGUCAUGCUCUGGGCUAUAUCACCUCAUCAAGAUGUGGCUUGUCGGAAGCAGAGCUACGUGGUAUCUUGUCUGUAGAUAAUGAUGUCCUGGCAGAAGUCUACCGGAACCGGCUUCCCCCGAGCCACACGCUCAUAUGCUUUCCUCCUCUUCUUUGGGCACGUCUCAGACAUGACCUAAAAGAUCACCUAGUGGAACGUUGGGAAAAUGGCAUUAUCGUGUUAGAGUUCUCAACAAGACAGUUUACUGACGUUGUGAAGGCAAAGUAUCUUUCUGUGGAGCACCGAGUUCAAAUACACAGCGUUCUCAGUGAAUACUUCUCAGGUCAGUGGAGCCAGGGCCAGCUCAAACCCAUACUUCUGUCAUCACUGAGUACUCAACUGAAUGCUGACAGAAAGGUGCCCCAUCAGCCCCUAUGGUACGCUAAAGGAGUUGCCAAUCUCAGAAUGCUGCACGAACUGCCGUAUCAUCUUAUACACGCAGGCAAAUGGGAGGAACUGCGUGACUCGCUGCUAGGCAAUUUGGACUGGUUGCAUUGUAAGAUCGUCAGCUGCGGUGUGGCCAGUGUAAUUCAGGACCUGUCACUUUGUGUUGACGUCAUAGACUGUCCUGAAAUCCAGCUGCUCAGGGACUGCUUUAUACUUCUGAAGCCUACCUUAGAUUUCAUUGAUGGACACACAGACUCAUCACUUCUAUUCACUGAGAUUACUGCCAGACUUCAGGCUCUGGCUCCUCUGUACCCUUCGCUGAUUGGACGCUUAUGCACUCAGUGCAACGAUUGGUUUGCGACCUGUGCAGAUCCUGUGCUUGUGCCCAAGAGUAGCUUCUUACAACCUCCUGGAGGGCCUUUAAUAUACACUCUCAGUGGUUCUGCACAAGGAAUUACUGUAGUAGACCUUUAUAUGGAGAGAGAGUUACUGAUAGCAGGUUCAGUGGAUGGAGAGUUGAUUGCAUGGGAUCUAAAGUGUCUUGAGAUGCUGUACGCAUUAGAAGGACACAAAGGUGCAGUGCAGUCAGUGAAGAUUUUAAGUAAAGGUGAUCACUGCUUGUCCACUGGUCUUGAUGGGUCUCUAAAGAAAUGGAGUCUCCUCACUGGGAAACAGCUCUUCUGUAUUCCUGCUGUAGUCUCAGUACAGCCUUGGCCUUCUGAACAGAUCCUUGUGCUUGAGCCUAAAGCAAUGGUGCUGUCCAACACACAGGGACAAGUCAAAUCGUGGAAUUUGAACACUGGAGAACUUCUUUAUGAAGUUGAUGUAAAAGGAGAAUGUUCGAUCCUUAGUGCACUGGGGGAGGAUGUAGCAGUCAUGUCCAGUGAUGGCCAAGUCUGGAUCAUUGAUUCUAACACUGGUCUAGAAAAAUCCUACCAUAAGCUCACUUGCCCUCAGGGUUUCACUGUAUCCAGUGUGCUUUCACUACACAGACAUGGAAAACUCCUCAUUGCAUCUCAGGAGUGCUCUUUGAAUAUGGUCUCCGGCAGUAAUUCACUUUGUGAUGUUGAACUUCCUGCACCUGCUUCAUUUAUGUGCACUUCAGAAGAUGAAAGUGUGCUCUUUGCAGGCUGUGAGAGAACACUGGUUGUGCUGAAUGUCAAUCCAGACUCGGUAAACAAUUCCCAGGAGCUCCAACAUGAAGCCACCGUCUUAUCGGCUUUUUCAUUUAGCCGAGGAAGUAAAGUCAUUACUGGAUCUCAGGAUCAAGUCAUACGGGUUUGGGGUUUAGUCACUGGACACCUCCUCGACUCCUUCAGUGGUAUGGGGUCUUCUGUCACCUUCGUGUCCUUGUACAACAAUACAAUCAUCUCAGCUUCAACCAGGUCUGGACACCUCAAACUGUGGAAGCUAGACUAUGAUCCCAAACACAAAGUACAGACAUGUAUUCCAGGCAACUGCCCGAGGGUGGUGAUAUCCAAAGAUGGCAACACGGUACAUUUCAUCAGAGAAGAGGAUCGAGCCAAAGUGUUCACGUGGAACUGUUCUGAAGGUAUGUCUUCUGAUACAUUGGAUGCAUCCGCAGAGGUGUGUUGCAUGGAACUGGCACAACAGAAGCAGCUUCUCUUCUGCGGCCUCUGCACUGGUACUGUACUCAUCUACCCUUUAGACUUUCCCCAAGAGACCCUGUGCCUUCCUCCUCCAGAGAACCUGCCUGCUGUGCGCAGCAUGGCCAUCAGUCCCAGAGAAGAUAAGAUUGCCGUGGCCUAUGAGGACACGGUGGGCUUGUUUGAAAUCACGGCAAGGUGCAGCUUCCCAUGUAUCGAGGGCCCAAUCCAUAACUAUUCUCUCUCCUUACUCCACUCGUCUGUAUCAGCCAUGGCUUUGCUGCCUGACUGUAGACUCCUGUAUGGCACUUUCGGAGGGGAGGUCGCAAUCUAUGACUUCAAGAGCGGCACUGCAGCAGAGCUGGAUCAUCAUGGGUCCGCUAUCACCUGCAUAGCACUGAGUAAUUGGGACAAACACGCUCUGGUAGGAUCUGAGGACUGUGUGCAAAAGCUUUGGAAUGUGAGUCCUGUGCUGCUGGACCAUACCAUGGAGUACAAGGGUUUCUACUUCGAGGGCAUUCUGUGUGCGGCUUUCUCUGUAAACGAUAAGUACGUGUUCACUGGUUCUCGAGACAAAACCGUCAAAGUCUGGGACGUGUUUUCAGGAUCUCUUUUAUACAUUCAGUACGUUUAUGCUGCAGUCAUCAAAAUUACACCCAACAAGGACGGGUUUGUAGCCAUUUCACAGCUUGGCUCUUUCAUCAAGGAGGGCUUCCGUUGUCCAAACACACUGCCUCAAGGCUACAACCCGCUCCGUAACUUCAGAGCUCACUAUCGUGUUACUUCACGGGAGAAGAGUCUAGAAGCUCCUCGCUCUGUCAUUACAGGGAUUCACACUUACAAUCCGGCUCAGUUCAACUUCUUAAGCGUACUCAAGACAAAACAGUCCAACACGUGUGUCAUUCUAUGAGAAACCAGAAAGAUGGGGCUUUGUUAGUGGAGCAUUUUUUUUCAUUUUAGUGGUCAGUAGUCUUUCAUUUCUGUAAAGCAAAUAUCAAAGACACAAACACUGAGUAUUGAAAAUGUGUUUAAUUGAUGUUUAAAAAGCAUGUUAUAAUCUUUUCUUUUCUUACAAAAUGAACAUUAAUCCCAACAUUCA